AUCGAUCAUACGUGUCUGAUCCAUCGUUUUCCAACCAGUGAAGUUUUCAUAAAACAUCCAUAAGGUUUUCAGCAUUUUUUGCUAAUUUCUAUUGUAUUUCGUGCUUAAACCACACAAAACAGCUAAAAUGACAAACAUCAAAACCGUCCUGGUAAAAUUCUACGAUGAAUAUACCAACAAUACGCCCAAAAAGUUGAAGAUCGUUGACGCCUAUCUGCUGUACAUUUUGCUGACCGGCAUCACGCAGUUUGUUUACUGUUGCCUAGUUGGAACAUUCCCGUUUAACUCGUUCCUGGCUGGGUUUAUCAGCACCGUGAGCUGCUUCGUGUUGGGUGUAUGUCUACGGCUGCAAUCGAAUCCUCAGAAUAAGUCACAGUUUUUGGGAAUCUCUCCGGAACGUGGAUUCGCUGAUUUUAUUUUUGCCCACAUUGUACUACAUCUAGUUGUGGUCAACUUUAUUGGUUAAGCUUCGUAUAUUAAUAUUACAAUGAAAUGUCUGUGUAUGCGCAUUUAA